AUGGAACGUGGAUUCAGACUGGGCGAUCUACCGCCGGAAAUACGCGUGAUUAUAUUGGGAUUUGCGGAUCUCGAAUGGAAGACGAGGAAAAGGCAUCCUUUCGCAAUGGUAGCGCGGACGAUGCCGCCGCUGAUCGAGGCGCUGAGGGGGUGGUGGAAGAGAGAUGUGUAUUUUGAGGCACUCAAGAUCUUCUAUGAACGUGCGGUUCUUCCAUUCGAAAAGCAAGGUAUAAAAUCUCGAGAUCAAAAUUGGUUCCGCAAAAUCAGUGCAAGAACCGGCAAACCUCGCUCCCGACGCUCGCCCGUCCUCCCCUCGCUCGAAGAAUUGCACAUCUCCCCCAACCCCCGCGACUACGCCGACCACCCUAACCUUUUCGCCGCCGACAUCUUCCUCCACUUCCUGGCUGGUACGCGACUCAAGCGGCUGCAGGUCGACAUGUAUUUUCCUACCGUGAAAUGUCGUGCUCGUAGGACGUGUUUGUACUGCAAGAUCUCCACGCGACAGCACUUAGAAAAUGUUCACGUGGGCUUUGUUCGGAAAUGUAGCUUGGCGGAGGGCGUGCGGAGUUUUACGAGGAAAUCGGGGAUCGUGGAGGGGAACUCGACGCUCGAAGUUUAUUCGUGGAUAUGGACUGCGAAGGAGGGGGAGAGAAUGGAUUGGGAGAAGGCCAGGAUGGCGCUGGGUUGA